GUCCAGCCUAGCGGUUCAAUCUGAGGUUCAUUUCCGGUGGGAGUGCCGCGCCCAGUGAGGGCCCGGAAGUGGGGCGCGCGAAGAUUGCUGGGCGGUUCUUGCCGGAAGUGGAGAGCGGCUGAGCGGAGUUCCGAGGAUCUCCGCCAAGUAGCCCAGGGUGGCCUGGAACUUUUGAUCCGCUUGCCUCAAGUCUCCGGAGUAGAUAUUACGCAGGUGGUACAUUAUGGCUGACAUGCAAAAUCUGGUAGAAAGAUUGGAGAGGGCAGUAGGCCGCCUAGAGGCAGUAUCCCAUACCACUGACAUGCAUCUAGGAUAUGGAGACAGUCCUUCAAAAGGAGCAGUUCCAUAUGUGCAAGCAUUUGACUCACUGCUUGCCAGUCCUGUGGCAGAGUACUUGAAGAUCAGUAAAGAGAUUGGAGGAGACGUACAGAAACAUGCAGAGAUGGUCCACACUGGUUUGAAGUUGGAGCGAGCUCUCCUGGUUACAGCUUCUCAGUGUCAGCAGCCAGCUGGUAAUAAGCUUUCUGACCUAUUGGCACCCAUCUCAGAGCAGAUCCAAGAAGUGAUAACUUUUCGGGAGAAGAACAGAGGCAGCAAGUUGUUCAAUCACCUGUCUGCUGUCAGUGAAAGCAUCCAAGCCUUGGGUUGGGUGGCUAUGGCUCCCAAACCUGGUCCUUAUGUGAAAGAAAUGACUGAUGCUGCCAUGUUUUAUACAAACCGAGUCCUUAAGGAAUAUAAAGAUGUGGAUAAGAAACAUGUGGACUGGGUCAAAGCAUACUUGAGUAUAUGGACAGAGCUACAGGCUUAUAUCAAGGAGUUCCAUACCACUGGACUGGCCUGGAGCAAAACGGGGCCUGUGGCAAAAGAACUGAGUGGAUUGCCAUCUGGACCCUCUGUUGGAUCUGGUCCUCCUCCUCCCCCACCAGGCCCACCUCCACCCCCAGUCCCUACCAGUUCAGGCUCUGAUGACUCUGCUUCCCGCUCAGCCCUGUUUGCACAGAUUAAUCAGGGGGAGAGGAUCACACAUGCCCUGAAACACGUAUCUGAUGAUAUGAAGACUCACAAGAACCCUGCCCUGAAGGCUCAGAGUGGCCCAGUACGAAGUGGUCCCAAACCAUUUUCUGCACCUAAACCCCAAACCAUUCCAUCCUCCAAACCAGCCACAAAGGAGCCACCUCUCCUUGAACUGGAGGGCAAGAAGUGGAGAGUGGAAAAUCAGGAGAAUGUUUCCAACCUGGUGAUUGAUGACACAGAACUGAAACAGGUGGCUUACAUAUACAAGUGUGUCAACACGACAUUGCAAAUCAAGGGCAAAAUUAACUCUAUUACAGUAGAUAACUGUAAGAAACUUGGUCUGGUAUUUGAUGACGUGGUGGGCAUCGUGGAGAUAAUCAAUAGUAGGGAUGUCAAAGUUCAGGUAAUGGGUAAAGUGCCAACCAUUUCCAUUAACAAAACAGAUGGCUGCCAUGCUUACCUGAGCAAGAAUUCUUUGGAUUGUGAGAUAGUCAGUGCCAAAUCUUCUGAGAUGAAUGUCCUCAUUCCUACAGAAGGCGGUGACUUUAAUGAGUUCCCAGUCCCUGAGCAGUUCAAGACCCUAUGGAAUGGGCAGAAGUUGGUCACCACAGUGACAGAAAUUGCUGGAUAAGCAAAGUGCCAGUGGGUUCUUUGCCCUCUCCCUUCACACCAUGGGAUAAAUCUGUUAUCAAGACGGUUCUUUUCUAGAUUUCCUCUACCUUUCUGCUCUUAAACUGCUUCUCUGCUCUGAGAAGCCCAGCUACCUGCCUUCACUGAAUAUACCUCAGGCUAAGAUUUGGGGUGGGAUAGCAGGUCAGUUGAUCCUCUGCAGGAAGGUGCAGCUUUUCCAUAUCGGUGUAGCCACACCACCAGUCCAUUCUUAAGGAACUGCAGACCUGGACUGGUGCAAUUUAGCUUUCAGCUUUUGGAGGUUAUUCUUCCAACACACAGUCCUUUGGGAGGAAUAAAACAGUCCCAGGAGUUAACAGAUCAGAAUGUGCACACUAGUUAAUUUUUUUUUUUUUUCCUAACAAUGAGCAUGGAGGUAGCAGAAGCUGGUAUGAUUCCUGAUAGUUUUCCUAACCAAACUAAUUUUUCACUGUUGACAAGUGAGGCAAGGGUUGCAUUGGACCAACAGCUGAGGCUUGGCCAUCUAGCAUUCCAAGCAAACUUUUGUUUCCUUUAAGCAUUCCUUUAUUCUGCAUUCUAUCCUGGGUCUGCCUCAAUCAUGAGACAGUAGGUUCUCCAGUCCUGGCUGCAGUAGCAGUGCUAUGGGUCUUGUACCCUUUCUUUCUCUGGGAUCCCUGCUCAGCACCUUCCUACAGAGAUAACUUUAAAAGAAAAACAUCACGCCAUUCCAAGGAAUGGGGCCCUCCUCCUCCUCCCCUGCUAGGUGCCUGUCAUCCACCUUUGCUGCCUCCUUUUGCGUGUCAUGCUCAACAGCUUAGGGCUCCUGUCCAGAUCCCUGAGCAGAGGACUAAAACCUCCACUGCAGGUUGGUUUUAGGUCUCAAUUUAUGUAAGAAUCUUGCACAGCAUUGCUAAUAUCAGUUUUCCCCUCUAGGACACACUUACCAAAAUAUGCAACUUUUUUUUUUUUUGGUGGGAGGAGAGAUUGUCCUGUGACUUCUACCCAUUUCCUAAGGCCUGUGGAAAUAAACCUUUAUGUACUUAAAGUUAUACAGAAAACAGAAUAAAGUUAAUACCAAACUUG